CGUCAUUUAAAGUUUACAUGUGCGGCGUGACCGAAAAUGGCUGCUGGCGGAGAACAGCAGCAGCAAGCUCACCGACCCGGGCUUUACAAACAGAAAAACAAGCAGCACAAGCAUGGCAAACACCGGACUAAAGGAGAGAUCGAGCGGGAGAACAAGGGCAGAGUUGCUGUCAUGGCUCUGUCGAAAAAGCAGAGAAGAGAGUUAAAGAAGUUGGACCGUAGACAUAAAGCCAACCAGCUGAGGCGCAACAAGAAGGACAUGGUGCUGAACGAGAAGCGUCGUUUGGGCAGUAGAGAUGGCCCACCUCACCUGGUGGCUGUCGUUUCCCUGCAUGCUGCUGUGGACGCUGGAGCUGUGACGCAGAUACUGAGAGGAGAGGGGAUUGGAGGGGUGCUGCAUGAAGACCAAGGAGUCAAAGGGGCUAAGGACAGUUUUGGCCUGGUCCUUCCUCGUUUCAAACAGAGAUUUACUUUCUACCGCUCAGAUACAGCUGAUCUGCACUCUCUUCUGGAUGUGGCGAAGGUGGCGGACAGUCUGGUCUUUGUGCUGGAGUCCACUGAGGGCUGGGACAGUUAUGGAGAUUACUGUCUGUCCUGUCUUUUUGCACAGGGAUUACCAAGUCAUGCGUUGGUUUGUCAGGGUAUAGCUGACCUGCCGGUGAAGAAGAGGGCUGAAUCCCGGAGGGCACUGUCCCGCUUGACCGAGGCCCGUUUCCCAGAUGCACGUCUCUUCCCCCUGGACUCUGAUCAGGAUGCAGUGCUUCUCCUUCGCCACCUGGGGGCGCAAAAACAACGGCGGCUAGCUUUCCGCUCUCGUCGCUCACACAUGCUGGUCCAGAGUGCCUCUUACACCCUCAACAGCACCCUGAACGACACAGACAGGCCUCCCACUGGACUAGGGACCCUGCGUGUGUCGGGAUAUGUCCGAGGGUGCCCCCUGCAGGUGAACAGGCUGGUGCAUAUUGCUGGCCAUGGAGAUUUUCAGCUCAGUCAAAUCAGCGCCCCGGUGGACCCUCUACCCAUUAACACUACUAGUUCUCAUCCAGCGAAGCCCGCCAGGGGGGGAGAUGUGGAGAUGAUGGAUGGGAGUCCUGAAGGAGAGGAACGUGUGCUAAUGAAAGCGGACCCUGCUGUGAGAGAGAGUCUGCAGGCUGAGGCUGAGGUUGACCCCAUGGAUGGGGAACAGACAUGGCCCACUGAGUCUGAGCUCCAGGAGGCUGAAGAGGCCAGGAAGAUUAAGAAAGUGAUAAAGGUGCCAAAAGGAACCUCAGACUAUCAGGCCACAUGGAUCGUGGAUGAGGAUGAUGAAGAGUAUGAGGAGGAGGAGGAGGAUGAGGAUGAUAUGGACAGUUGUGACGACGACGACGAUGAUGCUGAUGAGAUAAUGGAAGAUGGGGAUGUUGAAAAUGAGUCUCAGGAUGGGGAUUUUGGAAAGAAUGGUGAAGAUGUUGAGGAAGAGGAGGAUGAAGAACAGGAGGAGAUAAGCUCUACGGGGCGUGUCAGAUUUGAUCUGAAGUAUGAUGAAGGUAUGGACGAGACAGAAGAGAAAGAUGGACUUCAGCGCUAUAGAGAAGCACGAACGCAAGAAAUGUUCCCAGAUGAAGUGGAUACUCCCUUAGACAUACCUGCUAAGACAAGGUUCCAGCGCUAUAGAGGUCUGAAGAGUUUCCGCUCGUCUCCGUGGGACCCCAUGGAGAACCUGCCUCUCAACUACUCACGCGUCUUCCAGUUUCAGAACUUCGAGCGCACCCGCCGCCGCAUCCUGGCCGAGGCUGCUGCUGAGGAAGAGGGAGCUAUGGUUGGCUGGUAUGUGACUCUACACAUUGAAGAUGUGCCUCCCUCUGUGAUUGAGAGCUUCCAGGCAGGCAAACCACUGGUAGUGGUCUCUCUGCUUCCACAUGAACAGAAGAUGUCUGUGAUGCAUGUGUUGGUGAGGCGGCACCCAAGUUGCACAGAACCAAUUCCAUCCAAAGAGGAGCUGAUAUUCCAGUGCGGUUUCAGACGCUUCCGAGCCGCUGGCCUCUUCUCCCAGCACACCUCAGGGGACAAGCACAAGAUGGAGCGUUUCUUGCGUGACGAUGCUCCGACUGUUGUGUCCUUGUACGCUCCCAUCACCUUUCCCACAGCUGGGGUUCUUCUAUUUAAACAGAGAGACAAUGGAAUGCAAGACCUGGUGGCCACAGGCAGCCUGCUGAGCUGUAAUCCUCGGCGAGUGGUCCUGAAGCGGAUCGUACUGAGUGGCCACCCCUUCAAGAUCAACCGGCGCUCUGCUGUCGUCCGUUACAUGUUCUUCAACAGGGAUGAUAUCAUGUGGUUUAAGCCAGUGGAGUUGCGCACCAAGUGGGGGCGAAGAGGACACAUCAAGGAUGCCUUGGGUACUCACGGGCACAUGAAAUGCGUAUUUGACAGUCAGCUGCGUUCCCAGGACACUGUGCUCAUGAACCUGUACAAGAGAGCCUAUCCUCGAUGGACAUAUGACCCCUAUGUGCCUCCUGCUUUACCUUGGGUGAAGCAAGAAGAACCUGAGAAUCUCCAUGAGAUUGAUAUGGAAUAGGAAUUGGGGAAAUGAUGAAUGGACUGAUGAGAGCAGGGGAGGGAAGUCUGCUGUGGUUUGCUAAAUAAAACAAAGUAUAAAUGGAUAUCCCAGAAUAAACUAUUUGAUUAACAUGUUA